CGGAGCGGCGGGAUGGUGCGGCACCCAGACCAGCGGUGUGGUCGGACGUGCGAGGAAGCGCCGACCGUGCUCACCAGACUGACGGCUGAGACCAUGGGCGCUCAGCAGCUGACAGCGCUGGAGGAGAAGCAACGCGAGGCCGGCGAACCCCUUCCGGCCAGUCGCGAGCGCUGGGGAGCACAGAUGCUCGCGGCCUUCGCCUCGUCCAUGACGACGGCCCAGCAUGUGGCAUCCGGCUGCUUCGGCGCGCUGGCCGUUGACCACAUCCAGCAGGGUCACGGCACGCUGCCCGCCACCGACGCCCAGCUCACCUUCUUCUUGACGUCAUACUUUCUGGGCCUGCUGGUGGGCUCGCUGGCCUCGGGCAGCCUGGGCCACCGGUUCGGCUCGAGGAACACCAUGCUGUUCAGCCUGCCGACCUGCCUGCUGGCCUGGGUCACCAUGGCCUUGGCGCCGUCCGUGCACGUCAUGGUCGCUGGUCGCAUGUUGAGCGGCUUCGGCGUAUCAAUGGGCCUCUCGUGCAACAUGCUCUUCAUCUCUGCCACAAGCAGCCCCAAGUACCGCGGCCUGCUCAGCAACAUUCCAGAAUUCGUGCUGACGAUCUCCAUCAUCCUCACCUUCUUGGCGGGCAAGUUCCUCGUGUGGCGGCACUGCGCCCUGAUAAUCGGAAUCAGCAUGAACGUGUUAUCGGCCGGCUUGCUUGGCGUUCUGCCGUCGGACCCACUCUGGCUGCUGGGCCAGGGACGGCUGGAGGCGGCGCGCCAAUCUCUGCUCUUCUACCGCGGCCCGGACGCCGACACCAGCCAGCUGAAGGCGCGCGCCGCCGCCGAGGCCGAGACCGACCGGUGCGCGCCGCCGGCGUCGACGCUCGAGAAGCUGCGCUCGCUGCGCCUGCGCGAGAACCUGACUCCUGUGCUGCUGAUGGCCGCGCAGAUCGUCGCCUUCGUUUGGAUGGGCGCGGCCGUGAUCCAGAACUACGCCGUCGUCUUCAUCCGGCGCGUCGGCAUCACGAUGGACCCGUUCACGCUGGCGAUGGUGAUGUCAGCCAGCCGACUGCCGAUGGCCAUGAUCAGCUCGCUGCUGGUGGAUCGCUGCGGGCGUCGACCGCUGCUGAUGGUCUCGUCGCUCGGCAUGAUCGCAUGCCACAUGCUCAUGGCUGCCUACUUCCUGGUGCCGGCGUUGGCCGCCAGCUCUGUCUUGCCUAUCGUCUGCGUGUUCGGCGCCAUGAAUUUCUUCUCGCUGGGCAACGGCCCAAUCACCUGGGUGCUGAUUGGCGAGCUGCUGCCCACGCCGUUGCGAGAGCUGUGCGGCGGUUGGCUCACAAGCUUUUACGCAAUGUUAACGGUGGCGCAGCUGCAAUCAUUCCCGGCGCUGCUCGCCACGCUCGGCGAGGCUGGCGUUUUCCUCUUCUGGGCGGUGGUAGCGGUCGUGCACCUGGCGUAUGUACUGCUGCUGCUUCCCGAGACGAGCGGACUCAGCACGCAGCAGAUCGAGCAGCUGUUCGUCUCGCGUCCGCUGGUGGACAUGUCGCGGCUGGUGGCGCGCGUGGUCCGCCUGCCCAUUCGCCCGCUCGGUGACGAACUGCAGUCGCCGAACGAGGUCUGAGCGGCACUGGGCCAGCGUGCGGCGCCGGUCGGCCAGCUGCCCUCCCCGGCAGCCGGCCGCCGCCGGCGUGGGGGAAAGCACACACUACGCUUAGCGAAUCGAGGCUGUUGAUCAAGGCUUGUCAUGUCAUGUUGGUCGUGCCGCCUGUAGAGGCACCUCGGCGCGCCGCCGUCCCUGGGAACGGCGGCGUGGAUGUCACGUCAGAUGAUUGUAUUAGAAUGAGUGUUGUGUGAGUGUAAGCCCAGAAGAAACAGCGAAACGCAAAAGUGCAAUGCUUCAGUGUGCUGCUUUCAACUAAUUGCUUCAGCUGCAAUGACAAAGAUACUGUCAGGAGUGAAUUGGGUAAAUAAACAUAUCUAUAACA